AUGCGUCCUUCUUGCUCUAAGCGCCAGCGGGUCCCCCAGCCUCCUUCCAUCAGGAUGAGUUUGCGGAGCUUCCGUAACGUACCUCUGGUGCCCAUGGAGACAUCCUCUUCCUCCUCAGAUGACAGCUGUGAUAGUUUUGGCUCAGACGGUGGCUUUGCAAACACAAAAAGUAGCUUCAGAGAAGCUAAGAAGGUGGCGGAGAGAGCCAAGGUGUUUGAGGCCAGCUCGGAGGAAGAGUCUCUCACUGGGUUCGAGAAUGCGUUCAGCAGUGAAAUGAGUGCCAUGAGAGUGGACUCUGACUCGGAGGAGUCAGUGGGGCCUCGGAGGAGGGGCCGUCGGUCCCAGACCCUGAAGGUGGCCAUGAAGUUCCCCACAAGGAGGGCCAUCCAGAAGACCACUGCAGCAGAGCCCCCUAAACAGCCCAAAGUCUCUACCAAACAGACCAAAAAAGAGUCUGAGUCCGACUCCAAGGAGGGAGACAACUUCAUGGACAAGAGAGCGCUUAACAUCAGGGAGAACAAAGCAAUGCUUGCAAAGCUGAUGGCAGAACUCAACAAAAUACCUGGCUUCCCCAGAAGAACAUCCCUGCCUAUGAUGAAUACGCCUCGCCGUGCCCCCCGCCAGUCUCUGGGAGCCUCAGGACCCCACAGGAGGAACCCUGAACGCACCUCUCGGCCCCACACUCGCUCCCGCACCCUGUUGGACGGCCCCCCCAGCCCCCCUCCAGAGGAAGAGGAGGACAAGUUCAGCCUGGUGCGCAGGAGCCGCUACUACGAGGAGGUGGAUGAGGCGAAGGCGCCCCGUCGGCGCAGCUACAACGGGGUGCUGUCCAUUCCUCAUGUAAUGCGGCCUGUGGAGGACAUCUCCCAGAUGGAGCUGGACCUGAUCGCCAACAACGUGGGGGAGAAGGUGUACAACAGCUCCACUGGAUCCACUUGCCACCAGUGCCGCCAGAAGACAACCGACACCAAGACCAACUGCCGUAACCCAGAGUGUGUGGGAGUGAGGGGUCAGUUCUGUGGCCCAUGUCUCCGUAACCGCUACGGAGAGGAGGUCCGAGAUGCCCUUCUGGAUCCUGUGGACAGAAGUUUCUAG